AUGUUAUCGUCGAGAGCUUCCCCUUGGGAGACGUCGGUCUCCCCCUAUGCAAAGCGUGAAACCCCAUCAACCCCUCCUUCCGAGAGCUUUGCUCCAAACAAUUCAAAAUACUACAAUGAUCACCUUAACAAGUCGCAGUUCAACCUUAUUCUUACCAACUGCGCUGUCAACUUGAUGAAGAUGCUUUACCCAUCCACUGUUGUCCAAGUUGACGAUGUGAAGUUGCGUUUUUUCAUCAUCGAGAUCUUGAGAAGAUCUAAAGCGCUGACUCAAACUUUACAGAUCUGCUGCUUCUACAUGUACAAACUCAUCAACAAAAAGCCCGAGGAGUUGCCCAACUGUCCUAAAAAGUUGUUUUUGGCACUCAUCAUUUUGUCAUCCAAGUUCAACCAAGACCACAACUAUUCAUUUAAGCUGUGGCUUAAAAUUUGCGGUUGCAAAGGUACUGACGAUUCCAGUUUGAACCUCCAAAAAUUAAGACAAACGGAAACGCAGUGCCUCCAGCUUCUCAAUUACGACCUUUACAUUAACGGGUCCAAGUAUGAGAACUGGUGCAACGUGCUUUUGAUCUUUGGAUAUGACUUCAUUUCGUUGCACCAUGUCAACCUGGGCAUUCUCAGUUGGUGUAGCGAGUCGGACGGCCAGAAGAAACUCUUCCGUUGGACGCUGUUUUUACACAAGAUGGAUGAAAAGCGUCUUGGCAAGGUUUGUGUCAAUUUCAAACACUAUUACGCCGGCCAAGUGGGCACCAAAGUGGUGACCAGCGCCCCAGUCAAGCCGGCAUCCCUCUUUGGCAAGCGUACUUUGGAAGAAAGCGAGUCCGUCACCAGCAAAAAGGUGUGUAAAUAG